AAUGUUUCUGACUUGUUGUCCUAAUGUUUACUCUAUGUUGCUGAAGACUCAAAUAAACUUUAUUGACAAUGAAAUUAUACUAUCUCUUGAUUUAUAGCCUCCUUACAAAGCUAUACUAAAGAAAGACUUCUUACAUAUUUACAAAGAAGAAGAACCUUUAUUUUCUCUACCUUUAUCGUAUCCAAAUCUUAUUAGUUGGCAAUUCAAAAGAGACUUAGUAGGCUUUAUGAUUAACAAUACUACUUAUUUCACAGACUAAACCUAUAAGUUAAAGGAAUUACUAAAUGGAAAACUAUUUUUUUCAAGAAUCCAAGAUUUUUAUACUCCACUAUAAGUAUUAGGUUAAGGUAGCUCAGCUAAAGUCUUAUUAGUUAAAUCUAAACAUAGUGAUUAAUAUUUUGCAGCAAAAUGUGUUGAAAAGAAUGAACUUAUGUAUUAAGAAAUAGAGAUUAAUAAUGAAUUAGAUCAUCAUGCAUUUGUUAAAAUAAAAGAAGUCUUUUAAGGAGAUACUAGCUACUAUAUUAUAAUGGAUUUAUUAUCAGGAAAAAAUUUGUAGUAACUAAUUAAAAAUCAACAUGUUGGCUUAACAUUGGAGUAAACAUAAAAAAUAAUGCAUGUAAAUUGAUAGUUAAAUAGGCUUUAUUAAGUGGGAUUGAACAUAUGCAUUAAAAAAACAUUAUGCACAGAGACAUUAAACCAGAAAAUAUUGUAUUAUAAAAAAAUAACAAUUUGACUACUCUCAAAAUAGUUGACUUUGGUUUAGCAACAUAUACUACAUUAAAAAAGUAUAAUAAAAUUCUUAAAUAGAUAUAAAUAUCCAAAAUGUGGAACACCUGGUUAUGUUGCUCCAGAAAUAGCCAAUCUGACAGACAAGGAUACUACAUAUAGUUCUAAAUGUGAUAUUUUUAGUGCUGGAGCAGUAUUUUUUAAACUGUUAACAGGAAGAGAUGUAUUUCCUGGAACAGGCUUUAACUUUGUACUAUCAUUAAAUAAGAAAUGUUAUAUUGAUUUCUCGGUUCUUACUUUAAAGAAAAUACCACAGAAUAUCAUAGUAAUCUAUAAUUAAUAUUGAGGGAACUUGUCUAAAAAAUGCUAUCUAAAGAUCCAAAAAUGAGACCAACUGCUACAGAAUGUCUAAAUCAUGAAUUCUUUACAUAUUAUGAUAAACCAACUAGUGCUCAAAAGAAGACCUUUUUUGCCUAAACUAGAGCUGCUACUUUGACUGUCGAUUUUUCCUCUCCUGAAGAAAAGCCUGAAUAUAAAGGUUCCUUUGUUACUAAUGACAUUGUACCAUAAGAAUAUGGAAUGUAAAAAAAGAAUACAAAAUUCAAUACCACUGAAUUUGAUUAAUAUAAUUGA